CGGUUCCUGCAGGGCUUAAGAAGGGCUGAGUUUGGAGCCGGCGGCCACAAGGAGACAGCCCCGGCCAGCAGCACCCGCUGCCUGCGAGGGGGAAGGAAGGCAAGAAGGGAAAACCAGGGGAAGGAAGGCAAGAAGGGAAAACCAGCCCUGCUGCUGCCCCGUGGGUGAUGGAGCCGGCUCCCGUCCUUCUCCUCCUCGGCUCGCUGUGGGGCUGCAGCGGCCGCCCGGCUGACAGGCUGCUGGUGACACCGCGGGAGCCGCUGGUGCCCUUUGGGGGCUCGACGGAGCUGAACUGCUCCUUGGCCUGCGCAGGGGGCAAGGUGGAGUGGAGGGGGCUGGACACCGCCCUGGGCACCAUCUCCUCCUUCUCCACGCACAGCAUCCUGCACAUCAGGCACGCCACCGUGGCCACGGAGGGCAUGAAGAUCUGCCAGGGUAAAUGCCAGGGGAAGCACUACCAGAAAACUGUCACACUGAGGGUUUAUGCCAUCCCAGACACGCUGAGGCUGGAGGCAGCUCCCCAAAUGCUGCGGCCAGGACACCCCACCAACCUGACCUGCUCGGCCAGGCACCUGUAUCCUCCCACUGGGCUGGCCCUCACCUGGUACCGGGGGCACCAGGUGCUGCAGAACCUUGCAGACGUUGAGUGCAGGGAUGCUGAUGAGGAGGAGCUGUGUCACAUCGUUUCCACCCUGUCGCUGAGCGGGACAGAGGUGGCAGAAGGGGCGGAGUUCAGGUGCCAGGUGACGCUGCAGGUCGGGUUGGAGACCUUCACCCGGGUGGCAUCUCUGGUGGCACGUGCUGAGGGUGAGUUGACCAAGGCUGCUGCGUUUGCAGCUGCGAUGACAGCAGCCACGGGGAGGCCCGAGGCCACCACAGCACUGCCCCCAGAGCCAGCUGUCCCCGCCGGUGACGCCACCACAGCACGGGAGCCCAGCGCUGCCACCACUCUGCAUCUUGCUGCUGUCACCAAGCCCCGCUCCACGGAGCCCUCCGUCCCCCAGGACCUCACGGUGGCCACCAGCACAGCGGCCACAGUGCCACCCGCGGGGACAGUGCCCGCCUGCCUCCUGCAGAUCCGCUCUCUGCCUGCCACCGGGACGCGGGGCAGGGCCCUGCGCAUCGAGUGCCGCGCUCGGUGCGCCGGGAACGCCACGGUGGGCUGGCUGCGGACCCCCGCGGCCCGGGGGCAGUACCGGGAGGAGGCCGCGGGCAGCAGCUCCGCGCUGCGGCUGGAGCGAGCCGAGCCCUGGCACCAGGGCCGCUACCAGUGCGCCCUGCUCGGGCCCCGGGCACAGACGGCCAGCCUGGAGGUGACGGUGCUGGACGAUUCCCCCAGCUCCAGCCCUGCCGUUGCUGUGGGCACAGCGGGAUCGCUCCUGGGGCUCAUCCUGACCGCUGCCGUGUCUCGACGCCUGUGGAAGCGGUUCAGAUCCCGCUAGCACAAGAGGAGCAGGAGCGGAGCCGCUGCCCGCCGCAGGCAAGGCAAUGAGCACAGGCGACACAGCGACGAGGCCAGGGACGCGCCCGGGACUGGCACCGAGCACUGGGCUGGCUCCCGGUACCGGCGGACGGGCGGGAGCACCCAGGCCGCUUGUCUGUCACGACAGAAGCUCCCGGGGGAGCGUGGGCUCGGCGCGCGGGUGGGACCGGUGCUCCAAUAA